GGAUGAGCAAGUUUUGGACGUACGGUGGAUGCAAAGCGUCGUUGGWAUGGCUCRCAUUACUUUCUAAUCASAUGAAGUUACUACAUAUAGACUCAGCCUUGCUUCUGGAUGCAUUGGCUCAAAUUUUGUCGAUCCCACUUACUUAUUUAACGACUGCGCGGCUGGCUAAGUUCAGAACAUGAGUAGCGGGCCGAGUUCCACGUCAAGCAACGAGGCAACUGCUCUAGACAGGCCUUCGGAGUUGAUUGCUCUGCUGGAUUCAGAUAAUUCAGAGACAGUUGAACAAACAAAGUCUUUAAUACAGGAGAAUUUAUACACUUCAAAGGACCCGAGUUUAUUGUAUGCUUUAGUUGAUUGUUUUCUAGAUACGCGCUCGACGAUGGCUCUGCAGAUUUUGACUAAUGUGCACGAAGCGAGAAUUAAUCAUUUAUUUGAUAAGCUAAACGACUGUCUUAAACACCAUGGUUUGCGACGUAAAGUUGAUACCUUUUCACUUCUUGGCCACAUCGUACGGAAACAGCCAUCGUGGUUGUAUAAAAUUGUAAAAACCUCUCUCUUUGAAAAUGUCAUCAAAUGCUUAAAGACCGAGUCYGAUGUACUGUUGUUAAUUAAUGGUAUUUUGGCCCUCACCACUCUUCUUCCUUUGAUUGCUACAUACGUUGAGUCUUGGUUACAUGAUUUCUUUGAAAUUUACACACGAUUGGCUGCCUUUUUGAAUAACAGACCAGGAAACAUUCCUGAUGUUUACUUACUGCAUCUACACGUUGCUGUCUAUUAUUAUUUCCAUCGUAUCUAUGCCAUGUAUCCAAACAACUUUGUUAUGUUUUUGAGGGGAUUUCAUCACAAURGUAGAAGCAAACAGAUUUUCUUCCAAACUACAAUUAAACCUAUGUUAGAACAUGUGAGACUGCAUCCCUGUUUGGUUACCGAGACAACACAGUCAGAAAUUGGCAAGCAUAGAUGGAGAAAAAAAGAACCACAGGAUAUUGUUAUAGAAUGUCAAAGCAUUUCCCUUGACCCAAUAGACAGAGUACAAACUGACAGUGGACUUACUACAUCCUGGACAUCCUGGCAUGAAGCUCUUACUCUGGAUAAGUCUGUCCCAUCAGUUUUAACGACAUCUGGCGACCAUACAAAAGAGGGUUAUGAAAUACCUCGCAUCAAUGAGCGAAGAAUGUCAGACUCAGCAACACAAACUGGAAAGUCACUUCAAACUGGUCACCACUGCAACACCAAACCCCUGAAUUUAACAUUGGAUGACAGUGCUAAUACCUGGAGUCCAACUGAAGUAUGUGGACUUUCAACUCCUCCUUCAGAGCACAUGUCACCAGCAACAAGCCAACCAGACCUAUCAUUAACCCAAGCUAGUCUUUCUGUCUCUCAACAUUGCUGUACUCCUGUGCUAAUAAGCACUCCAGGAGAAUCGCCAACUUCAUCUUUAGCAGGAGACUUGGCUCACAAUAUUCAGACUGCUUUUCUAAGAAAUAAACCCAAAAGGGGCUCCACAGGGAAGGCUUCAUAUACAAAAUCAUGUGAAAGCACACAUAUCACAAAAUCUCCUUUUAUUGACACUAAUGUAAGUAAAGUUGAUCUCAAAGUAAAUAGUUCACCACAACUAAGUGAUAAUCAAACUUCAACUCCRAAAUCUGAAAGAAAAGACAAUAAUCUUGAUGGACUGAAUGAAAAAAUCGAAGAAGACUUAAAGUCUGAAAUUUCGUUACCUUCAGAACCUGUGACACCAAUUGAUAAAUUGUGCAAUUAUGACUAUGGAGACAAAGUCCUAUCAGAGACAACAAACGAGGAAGAGGAACAGUUAACUUGUGGUGAUCACACAAAGACCACAAGUGAGAAUGUUGCUAAGGAAAUCAAACGGAUAUUAAGCGGAACAAAGUUUGUGUCCCAGGAAGGGGAGGAGACAGUGCCUGACAACCCUCCACCAAGCCUUGAAGUUUCACUUAUAGCAGAUGGUAACUUCAAUCAUGACAAUUUUAAAUCAACAGAAAGUAAUGAUGCUAAUUUAUUAAAAGAUGAACCUGCUUGCAAUCAUCUAAACAAGAGUAUAAGCAGUACAAAUUCAAAAGAGGGAAUUAGUUUUGUUGCUAAAACACAUGAUAACCAAACUGAGAAGGUGUCAAAUUUAAGUCAGUCACAGGAAACUCAAACUCCAAAUGCUAUAGGCUCCGACACUGCUCACCAAGAAGAUAAACGACAAAAAGACUCACUGAAUUUGUUUAUGUCACAAAAUGGACAACGUCAGGAACAAUUUGAUGACUGCAGUAGUCAUGGUUAUACAUGUAGUAAAAACUAUACUUCAAGUAAACCAACUCCUGUUGAAAUAUUGGAUAGUUAUAUUCAGAUUGGAUCCAGUGUUCACCUGACUGAGUUGACAAGCCUGUCUCUCAUAAGCUCACCUGAAACAGACUGGUCACAUUUUGGAGGUGAUGCUCCAGUAGAUGAAAUAGAGAUCCUUAGAGGUCAAAUUCAACUUCUUCAUCAUCAGUUACUGUAUGAAAGACACAAGUGUGAGCAACAUGCCACACGUAACAGGCGACUGAUUGGAAAAACCUUCAAAGCUGUUCAGUACCAAGAAGAGCUCCUAGCUAUUAAAGAUCACUUGAAGCUUCAAGAAGAAAAAAUGAGAGAGUUGACAGAAGCAUUGGUCAAGCAAACUGAGGAUAAUCUCAAAUUUAAGGAAAUCACAUCAACCUGGGACAACCAGCAACAGACUCAAUUAAGGAAUUUAUUAAAUGAAAAUGCUCAACUGCAGCAUGAUAAGAAAACUUUAAAAGAGUCUUUGGAGGAUCAGAAAAAGCAGUACAUUUGGCUCAAAGUGAAUUUAGAUGAAGCCCAGUCCAAGAUAUUUUCUCUGGAACAAGAGAGAGAACACUUAAAGCCAAAGCUGGAAGAAAAGGAACUCUUAAAAUCGGAAUUAGACARACUGACCAAAGAACUGCUUGUAAUGGGAGAAAUUAACCAGCAUCGCAAAGAUCUUCUUGAGAAGUCUGCACAUCAAAAUCAAAAAAAUCCUGAAGGUAGUCUGCACCUGCAGUCAUGUCAAAAGGAGUUGACAGCAUCAAAACAAACUGCAAGAAAGCAGAAGGCUGAAAUCGAUGCCUUGCAGUCUAAAAUAGCUGACCUUGAGAUGACACUAGCAAAAAGGGACAUUGAGAUAAAAGAACUCAAGAAAUUGUCUGAAAGUUCAAAUGGCAUAUUUGAAUCAAAAUUGAAGGCUCUAGAAGAAAAGUAUGAUGCCCAGAAAAAAAUGAAUCAGUCCAUAGAAUGCCAUAUCUUAAAUCUCCAACUAGCACUUGCAGACUCCAAACACCAAAAUAUACAGAGAACAAGGACAGUAUCAAUAGGUACCAGUCCAAUAUCCCAAGCAGCCGGCAUUGAAGAUUUACCAUCAGCUGCAAGCUCAUUAACUAGUGCAUCUCAGUGAAUACUCUAAAUUAACAAUUAGAAUAUAUUUAGGAAAAGAAAAAUAGACAAAAUAAAGGAUUUGAAGCAAAACGAG